AUGUUUCAAGUUCCCGUGGAGAACCUGGACCGCGUCAGAGCCCUGCGGCCCUGGGUGAAGCGUGUUCUCGGCGAGGUGGGGCUGCACAGCGCCCAGCAGCUGCUGGACGCGCGCGCAGGCUGCGGCCCGGGGGACGCGCACUUUCCCAGGACGUCCUGGCCAGAUGUGGCUCCAGGGCAACUUCUCAAGAGCAAAGUGAGGUACCGAUCCAAGCCUUACUGCUGCGGCCUUUGCCAGUACUCGGCAGAUGCGCUCGCUCCUCUCAAGAAUCAUUUGCAUCGUUGCCAUGAAGAUGAGGCGGACCAAGAGCUGCAGAUCCAGUGCCCGGAUUGCUCAUUCACUUCGCGGCCGGAUGUGGUGAGCACGCACUUCUCCUUAUUCCAUGAGCCAGCCGGGAAAGUGGACAGCCCCAGGGAGAAAGCCCCUGGCAGUGGCAAGGCGCUGAAGGGCUAUGUAAAGCAUUUCACAUGUUUGAAAUGUAACUUUUCCAAUACGUCCUUCUACAGCAUGAAGAAGCAUGUCCUGGUCACUCAUUUCCAGUCCUUACUUAAUGCUUACAUUGGCUUUCAGACUAAGGAGGAACAGCAGCAGCCCAAAGCCACUCCACCACCUGAAAGAUACUCCUGUAGAAAGUGUAGUGCCGGUAUGUGCAGCCAGGAUGAUCUGAUGCCCCAUAUUUUGACAUCAGAUGCACACAAGGACUUGGAGAAUAAGUUGAGGUCUGUGAUUUCAGAACACAACAAGAGGAUUGGGCUUCCGAAGCAAAUGCCCAUUGCUCCAAAGCCACAGGCAUGCUUGUCCAGGCCACCAAACAGCAGUGCUCCACCCGCAACUGCUCCAGCAAAGCCACCUUGGUCCCACCUUACCUUGUCACGCAACACUCCAAGUCCAGUCUUGGUACAGCCAGUGACCGUGACCCAACCUGUGACCUCUGCCCAUGUACAGCCACCGAUUGGGACUCCAUGCACUUCCUGGAGCCUCACUCAUUCUCUGUCUGCUGCUGCCCAGUCCCACGUGGCUUUUGCCUCCAGCCCUUUACCAGGGGGCCAGACCAGCCUCACACUGCAGCCUUCAGCUCCCUCGUCUGCCCUUUACUCAGGCAGCGCUUCACCUAAUCAGCCUAUAGACUCUCCUGCAUUACCUGUGAGUCGGUCACUUGGUCCUGUGAAUAAGUCUGUUGGAAUGAGUAAUCUCCCAAUGGGUCAAGCCAUCCAACCUGGGAUUUUAUCCCUGACACAGUCCAUGGGAUCUGCAAGUGGACCAGCAGGACCUCCAGUCAGAUCAGUGAGGCCUAAAAGUAGGCCAGUGGAGACCACAAGCAGACUGAUCAGGCCUGGUACCCCAUCUUCUGGUCUUUCUGUCUCUCCUGGGGUUCUUCAGACACCUUCACCAGGAACAAUUUCUGUGGGUCAGGUAGUCUCAUUGGCAGUCCUUCCUGAAGGUCAGAUGACCCCUGCUUCUGUGAUUACUGCACAGACAGAAGCUUCUGGGGUCCUUCCCACUGGUCAAGCAGUUGAGUCCAGGGUUCUCCAUGUAGGCCAGAUAGUCUCAUCACAGGUUCUCCCCUCUGGUCAGACAGUGUCUUUAAGGGUUCUCCCUGCAGAUCAAGUGGUAUCACCUGGGUUUAUGCCCCCCAAAGAGCUGGUGAUCUCAGAUGUCUCUGUGAACCAGGGUGUGAGCUCUGGGGUUUCUUUGCUUGGUCAGCCUGUUACAUUAGGAGUUCUUCCUGCAGGCCCACCAGUUAGACCCAGUGUGCUUCAGCUCUGUCAGUCUGUUGGCACCAGCCUCCUGCCGGUGAACCAGUCAGUGAGAGCUGAGCCUUCACAGAAUACCAUGUUCCUCAAGUCAGGCCCUGUUUUCAGGAAGCUCCUUCCAACAGGGACACAGGUUAACGGGAGACCCAUUUACAUGCUGGAUCCAGUGCCUGCCACUCAGGGUGCUAACCUCAUGACUGUCAUUCCGCCCCAGCUAUCCAACCAAUUCCUGUCCCCCAGUGUGGGUCCACAGAUGUCCAAUGCUCUACCCAGCUUGUCCUCCUCACAGGGCCUGGUAAACACUGCAGACCAGAACAUAUUUGUUCAGGUCUCUUCACCUGAGGUGGAUAUGAGUAUGGUUGUCAGGCAGGCCAAACAGUGGAAAACAUGCCCAGUUUGCAAAGUAUUUUUCCCAUCCAAUGUCUACCAGGCUCACAUGGAAGUGGCUCACAAACAAAGCCAGUCCAACUCCAGUGAGAAACUUGAACCAGUAAAGCUGGCAGUGUGUGCAUCAUUUCUGAAGUGGACAAGGGAGAAGGCCAUGCGUUGCCUCUCGUGCAAAUGCCCAGUCUCAGAGAAGGAGCUAAUGUACCACUUACUCACACAUGGCUUGGGGUGCCUGUUAUGCCCAUGCACUUUUCACACCAUACAGGGUCUCUUGGAGCAUAGCAGAAUUAAACACUGUGAGAGGAAGAAGCUGUCUUUGGAUUACAGUAACAGGGGCUUCCGGUUGAGCCUAGAUGCAAAUGGUGACCUGAUGUUCCCCUGUCUUGAUUUCGUCAUCACUCUGCCAAGAGAGAAGAUUGGAGAGCAGGAAGUCUGCCUGGCUGUCCUUUCAGGGAUGUACUCCACAUCACUGGUGCCCUUGUAUGUUAAGGUGAGGCCACAGGUUAAGGUUGUACCUAAGCUGCUCAGUGAGCAAGGGCUGACCUGUCCCCUCUGUUUGAGCACAUUCAUGAUAUCCGAUGCCUACAUGUUACAUUUGAAGGACAGACACCAUAUUAUGCCAAUGGCCUAUACAGUGCUCAGGUCUCCUGCCUUCAGAUGUGUCCAUUGUUGUGGGAUCUACCCUGGAUGUUUGACUGUGGCAGCCAUCACUCUUCAUUUACUGCAUUGUGAACAUGCUCCCAAAGAGAAUGGUUCAGACCAAGUUGGGCCCGAUUUUGUUGAGAGCAGUGAACUGCAGUUUGUCAAUGGGAAAAGGAGUACCGAUUCUACCUAUCCUGUAAAGAGAAAGUGGCAAGAUGACCAGAUGAGGGAUGAGAAAGUUCCCUUGCUGGUACUAAAGGGUGAUGCAGCAUCAUCAGGUCCAGAGGAAGGGACUGGUGUUAUGCCUUUGAAGAGACAAAGGAACGAAAGUACAACUGAUGGACUGGUAGCCAGUGAUGAUGUACUCCAGAUCCUAGCAUUAGAUCCCCCAAAAUGCAAAGACUAUUCCUAUGAGAAAAAAAAGCAGUUUCUUAGAGAGUAUUUCCACAAGAAACCAUAUCCUAGCAGAAAAGAAGUAGAACUGUUGUCUUUACACUUGAAGAUGGAAAGAAUUAAUGUGGCUUUGUUUUUUGGAACAAGAAGAUAUAUUUGUUUGAAAGCAAUAGAAGUCCAAAGACCUUCAGUACUUCUUGGCUUUGAUAUGUCUGAACUUAAAAAUGUUAAACACACACUGAACUUUUAGUGUGAACCACAAAACUUGGCUUCAAGUCCUAGGCAGUAGUUGAGCUGACAUUGAUACCCUCCUUUGCUCUGUUUUGUUAGUUUCUGUGGCUUUCCUGGAUGUUCAGGUGCUCAGGAAGACUUAGGGUAGGAAGCAAAUGCUACUCCAGAUUUACCAAUUCCUGU